AUGAAGGUUCGAGGGAGUAUGAGUAAAGCAACAAAGUUUACACCGGAGCUGUUUCCUUCAAUAACCCCUGAGCUGCUCUCUCUGAGUGCAGCAGAAGCUGUUGAUAAAUUCGUGCAGCAGUUCAAAUCUACACAAGCUGCAGAUACACCUCAACAACAAGACAAACAAACUCAACAACAACCUCUCAGCCAAGCAGCAGCACAAAUGCAGAGCGCAAAACUCUUUCCGUUCCUCGUAGACCAUCUCAAUUCACCUGCUGGAGCCGCUCUUGUUAAACAGGUAUUUCAAUAA